AUGGACGAGGUGGCAUUUGUGGAAUCGCUGUUCGCGCCCGAGAUGCGAGCGGCCGUUGCUACCUCGAGUCUCUUCCCGUCCUCGAUGCCGCUUCCGUCUUGCGGCAGAGUCAAAGCGCUCACGGCAGAGCGCGCCCUCGUGCCCACGCCCCCAAGCAGCGGCAAUUUCGUGCCCCCUCCGCCCAACUCACUGCUGGGCGGCGGCAUCGCGCUCACUCAAAUCCAGGCGCCGUUCCAGCCUCCUACGUCCGAAGACGCGCCGCUGUUCGCGCGACUCAAUGAGGACGACAUGUUCGGUCAAAUGCUCAGCGAUCAGGAUUUCCCCGACUUGAAUAGCUUCAAAAAGGAACCGGAACAUGUUGCGAACAAACCCACAAGUGGCACCAACUCGCUGCUACUGGAACCGUUGGAUUUGCCGCGAAACGGUGGAGAGCAAGGCCUGAAAGACGUGUUCUACAACUGCCAUCAGUAUCGAUCACCCCCUUCGUCCAGUGGUGCUAUGAAUAGCUCCAGUGUUACGAGGGGUGGGAUCUGUUCCACUAACGUCAGCUCGAGUAACACCGGCUAUGGCCUCGACUCCAACAUGAUGCCGGUGUUUCCCUUGGGAAGUCAACCGUAUUACGGCAACUAUGCGGGUUUUCCCCCACUUUCUCCCGCCACCCACGCGUGGAUGCAAGAAACGUCCUCUAAUAAUUUCCAGAGAGGCCACUCGAUGAAAAACAUGGUCGUCAUGGCCAGCAUGGGCUUGUCUUCCCCCAUGGUGCAACAUCAACCCAGUCCUGGGGCCGUAGACAUGUUCAAUCCAGCUGCAACAAACCCGCAACAACCUCCAUCCCCAGGAGUGUGGGUCUCUUCAUUGAGAAACAAUCAUUCUGAAGUUUCCCUUUCUGAAGAACGCAAAACGACGAAUAUGUUAGAUGUCCUCAAGGCAUCAGUGGAGCGACCUCCGUUCUCACUAACCAUCUCACCUCCUGCCUCCUUAACCAACAAGGCGCUGAAAGAGCUCAUCGUAUCGGCGGAUUUCGCUACGCCACCGAUGAUGGCUCGACCUAAGCGAGCCCGAACGGACUCGGGUAGUCAACCUAAAGCAAAAGCUGCACGAACGGCGUCACCGUCGCCUGUCGGUCAGGAAAACCUAAGUGCCAAGGCUAAUGUCAAAACUACUAAAGGCAAGAAAUGCAUCGAGGAUGGCUGCACCCGUCGUGCUCAGUCUAACAGUCGCUGCAAGGCGCAUGGAGGCGGUGCACGGUGUCAAUACUCGGGACCUGGUGGCUGCAACCGCAGUAGUCAAGGCGGUGGGUUCUGCCGUGCACAUGGCGGAGGCAAACGCUGCGAGUUCCCGGGCUGUACACGUGGGCAACAACGUAAAGGCCGCUGCUACGUCCAUGGCGGCAUCCGCAAAUGCCAAUUCGGCAACUGCGAGAAGAAAGAUCGAGGCAAUGGCUUUUGCAUCUCACACGGAGGUGGUAAACGGUGCGAACACUCUGGGUGUUCGCGAGCGGUUCGACGAGGACUUUUGUGCCAGAUCCACGAAACGCAGAGUGCUGCAGAGAUGGGCGAAGCGCAGAGCUUCGUGCUGUAG